AUGAAAACGGGAACCAUAAGAAAAGACGGGAAACCCAAAGAUACCCGUCGAGCUAAAACGUUUACCGGUUGCUGGACUUGUAGAGCCCGAAAGAUAAAAUGUGAUUUACGGACACCAGGUUGUGCUAGAUGCGAAAAAUCCGGGUUCCGUUGUGGUGGAUACGAUAUAAAGCUACAGUGGUCGCAGCCAAUACAGUUCAAUGCAUAUGGACAAGUUGUGCAGAAUACAAACACAGCGGGCUCGUCAGCGGGAUCCGAUGAGCCAUCGUCACAACGACGAGAUAUAGCUUUUGUGAGAUACAAAGAGGAGUACGAAUACUACGAAGAUAUGGACGAGGAGUUGUCGAUGCUGCAUUCACCGCCUUUGAAUCGUAUCGCGGAUAAUCAAACGUGGGUUAUCAAGAAGUUCGCGGUUUUCCGAGGAACCGACAAAGUGAAGGUAAAACACGUCCCACGGCGCCAGAGACGUCGUGUUUUUGACCGUUUGGAGUCAAAAAGUGACUCCUCUAAGUCUGCAACUCGAGCUGGAAAUAAACCCUUGGAACUUUUGGGUACAAAAGACGCUUCUGUUAGCAGCACACUCUCUCAUUCAGAUCUUGUAGACAAGUUCGAAGCAGAGCCCACAAUACAAAAAACUUCAAGCGUCGCAAAUCUUUUCAAUUUUGAUUUUUCGUCAGCGAAUUUCAAGGGUCACGAAUGGAUCUCUGAUGAGCUGCGAGACGACGCCUUACUUUCGGCAUAUGCAAUGCAGGGUUUUGCCGGAGAUGGCGCCAAUCAUUUGCAACAUGAAAAUUGCCAGCAGACAUCACUUGCCAAUACUCCGCUUAGAUCAACCCAGGACCUUUUUGACGAUCAGUUCUCUCAAUCGGGAUCUGUGGAAAAAGAAGAUCUGUCGCAAGUCUACAAGAUUUUAUUUCACAGAAACGAAGACCGAUCACGCCCAAAGAAGGUCUCGACGAAUUUGACUGUUGGAAACCACACAAAGCGAAAGUCAACAGUCGUACCUCUCAACAACAUAAUAUUGAUAGAUUCAGCUGGUUCUGAAGGUUGCAUGCCAAGAGAGGUUCUAGAGGUCGUACCAUCGGAGGUCCCCGAUCCUAGUAUUUUCAACCUGCCGAACAACAAUAACCCACUUCUGCGCGUACCGACUACAGGGCUAAAAUCGAACGGCCUUACGAGAUUUCUUCUCAAUUACUACCUUCAGAAUGUGGUAGAUCUUAUGACCGUCGUAGCACUACCAACCAAUCCAUGGCGAACAAUAUACUUUCCGCGCGCGUUGCAAGCCCUCGGUGAUCUUGCAGGCAUAGGAUACACGUCAAACUCUAGGAACUCACUCCUGAAUGCAAUUCUAGCAGUUUCGUGCUUUAAUCUCCAGAGUAAAUUUCCAAAGAACUCCCCACAGAUGAAGUACUUUCUACAUCUAGGCAUUGAGCUCAGAGGGCAGGCUUCGGAGUUUCUCAAGACAUGCUUAAACUCUACCGUGAAGGAAGAAAGAUAUAAGGACAUCGUCACAGCUAUUUUGUCGAUGAACUCGAUAGACGUCGUAUGGGGCACUAUGGCAGACUGCCAGUACCAUCUCAGCUUAUGUGAAGAACUGGUAGAAGAACGAAUGAAAAGUAGACCCAAAAUUUCAGAAAAGGCAAGAUCUUUGCAUCGCAUUUUCUCUUUCUUGAAGCUCAUUCAAGAUAGCACGGCUUUGGAUAAAGUCACUGAGAAAGAGAUAGUGCUGAAAAACACUGCUUCGGAAGACUCGCAAGAAAAUGAAGAGGAGGUUGGAAGUCCGGAUAUAGGUGGCGGGGAGUUCAAAGAAGCGUUGGAUCAGGUAAAUGGUCGCAUUCGCAUCGAAUACGUCCGGCUUUCGAAUUCCAACGCCAGUACGCCUAUUUUCACCGACAUUGCGAGUCAGAACUAUUACUAUCCGCAUGGAACCACGAAAAACAACUCUAUAUUGAGCACUGAUGCGCUUUAUGGUCUCCCGAACUCGAUAAUACUAUUAUUCUCGGACUGUGUGAGGCUUGCGCGUCACCUCGAGUACUUUCGGACGCAUUCUCAAGAAAUACCCAAGAGUUUUGACGCCUUGUGCACCAGUUUCGAGGCCAAACUAUUCAAUUGGACGUCCGAAUGGGAUUUUCACAAGCCAGACACCGAUGAAUUUUUGAACGACACCGUCGAGGGCGUUUACCACCACACCAUGAGUUUUUACCAGAGUUUGAUCAUAUACUAUCGCACCCGAGUGAAAAACUGCCCGAACAGCGAGGUUCAAAUCAAUGUGGUCCAAGUGCUGAGCCACUUGGACAAGCUCGCAGGUCUAAUCGAGACUAAAGGUAUAAGUAUCGUGCCUCUCAUAUGGCAAGGCUUUAUGGCUGGCUGUGCCGCAGUAGACACGGAAUUGCAAUUACGGUUCAAGGAAUGGGCUGCAAAACUUGCAGACUCAGGAAUGGGUGCUUACUGGGGAGCAAGACAGAUAAUGUUCGAGGUUUGGAGACGACGUGUGAACGGCGAGACGUCUGAUAAUUGGUUCGAUGUCUACAAAGAUUGGGAGAUGAACUUGAUGCUCUCGUAG